AUGGACACAGAAUAUAGAAAUAAAGAUAAAUACAUAAUUUUCACAAUUCUAGGAAAAACCCGAGGGAGUAAAUAUAGAAAGAUUUAUCUCUAUCCUCAGACUGACGGAUCGUGGAAAUUCCCCACUCAGCAAAUUGGUCCUCCGAAAUCUAUUAUUUUAUCGUCAGGAUCCCUUGGCUUUUCACCACAGUUGGUUCCAGGCUCUUGCGUCGAGCGGUCAACCUCCCUGCUUUCGAAUCCGACAGUCAUGGCAAGAUUCUCUCUCGCCUUCGGGCUGCUCGUGGUGGCACUGGUGGCGUCUGCUGAGGCCAGGAGCCCCAUCCCCCCAAGAUUCAGGCCGGGCUCUAACUGUGUCUCCAUCGGCUGUCCCGCCAUCUACGCCCCUGUUUGCGGCAGCGACGGGAAGACGUACGCCAGUCGGUGCAAUCUGGAGGCGGCGAAGUGCUGGAACCCGCGACUGAGAUUCGUGGGGUCGGGACAGUGUCGCUAGGACGACCGGAACAAAAUCUUCGUUCACGUUGAUUCCUCCUCCAGUCUUCUCUCACACCUCCCCCUUCCUUCCACCUCCCUCCAGUCGGACGCCAACGUUGCUGCGGCCUUCAGUGAUCAGUAUGCCGUCGACCAAGGAAGAUGUGUAACCGAAAAAAGAAGUCAAAAUUGGUUCACAUUCCGUAAUUUAAAGAUUACAUAUGCAUUUGUGUGAUAUGCCUUACUAUGAGUAAUGUUUUUUUCCGAAUUAAACCAAUUGGAUCUUGUUUUUUCCCUAA